AUGCGCUCCUCCGCCGCCGCCGACCCAUAUCUCUAUCAGAAUGGCAACGGUCCACAACGCCGAACUACGGGUCGUGCAGCGCGAGUUCACCGUCCGCAGAACUACUACGCCCGCCCCUAUGGCCCGACGGGCAUGGCCGCCGAUCAAGGCAAUGACAUGCCCGAGCACAGCAGUCUGCAGGCGCAAGGAUUCUUUCCUGCGCUGCAAUUCUUCUCAGACGCCGUCACAGCACUGCCCAAAGAGGUCAUGAGGCAGUUCACAUUUCUCAAAGAGGUUGAAGCAAAAAUCCAUGGCCCACACGAAAAGUUGGGCGAGAUGAUUGAUGAGCUGAUGCAACUGCCCGUACCGCCGCGUAGACCAACGCUCGGUUCUUCAGCCAAUUCGGGCGGCGUGCAGGGCCUGCUGAGCUUCACUGCGAACAAUAGCGCCAACGGCAGCGCUGCUGCCAGUCUGGUCAAUGGCAUACCGGGUCGCCAGAGCAUGCAGCCAGAACCUUCAAUAAACGGAGACGACGCACCGGAAACGGAAGAAGACCGGGCACGGCGACGACAGUUUUCCGACUUGCGAAUGUUGACCCACGGUUUGCUGGGAAAUCUGGACGAAAAGAACGUCGUCUUGACCGAGGCAAACCGUGUUCUAGAGCUACAAUCCACGCGUAUAGACUCAGUCAUGCCGUAUAUCAAUGAAGAGAUCAGUGAGGAGGCCAGAUUGGGGAGCAUGACACAUUGGGCGUAUAGCGAMAACCGGCAAAAGAAGCAAGUCUCCGGCCCGGGAGCUGCCAAACAACGCGACGUCGCCGCGACAAACAGCCUGGCUGACGCAGCGCAUGAAAUUGAGAUUGCACAGGCGCGAGUAGCUGCAGGAAGAGAGGCAACGAAGGAGAAGGGCAAGGGAAAGAGAGCUGAGCAUGCAGGAGAUUCCGAUUUUGAUGACAAGCCUAGAAAGGUGCCCAAAAUUGCGAAAGGAAAGGCCGCAGCAGCUGCAGCGGCGGCAGCGGCAGGACUGGGAAUUAGCAACGGCGAGACGACAACGAAAAGGAAAAAGGCGGACAAGAGUCUUGGCUCGGUGGGCAUGGAGCGCACAGUUUCUGCUGGCGGAAGGGGCGCAAAAGCCGUGCGAGAUACCCCACGGAGCACUCCAGUCGUUACAGAAGCUCCAGCGAAGAAAGCGCCGAAAGCGAAGCCCRCCCCUACCCAGGCGAAGAAGAGAGUCGUCGGCUCAGCGCAGAACAGUCCAAUGCUGGCUAGCAGCCCAUUGGCAUCCAACUUCAACCCGCUGAACAUGGAGCCGCCGCCUGGUGCGAGGUACCAGGCUGGAAGAGUGCGCCAGAAUAGCGUUGCCAAUGCAACCAACCUUCGACACGAGCGAGUAAUGGACGAUGAUAGCGGUGCUAGCAGACCAUCCUCCGCGCUAGGCACCAAAGCGAAUGGAAACGGCGAAAGGCUCAGCGGCAGGAGAAAGGUGCACGUCCACGAAACCACAGAAGAGCACGAUGAACCGACCGGACAAGACCAAGCCGCGCGGCAGAUUAAAGAAACGAGCGAGCGACUGGAGCGAGAGGAUGUCGAUAUGCAAGAUGAGGUGCAGCGCCUUCCUGCGUCUCGCUCUGGGUCUGAUAGAGGAAAGAACAGCGGUUCCGUUUCGAAACGAGGCACCCCUCGUAUGGACGGCGAUGAUGCAUCCAAACGUGACAGACCUGCGCGUGGCAGACCGACUUUCAAGGGCGAUGCGGUGAGAGACUCUGACAGUUCGACCGAACCACAGCACAUGGACGGAAGAUACCACAAGCAUCGAAGGAACCAAAGCGGAAGUCACCUGGUCAAGCAGUUGGCGCCUUUUAACAAAAGUCCGAACAUGGACCGAAAUAGGGACACAGACGAUGAAGAUGACGAUCCGCAUUCAAGUACGGACGGGGAGCACAAUCUUGAGCGUUCCAGAGAGACGGCGAACACGCAUAGCAAUCAUGCCAAAUCCGAGCCGAUGGAUAUUGAAGUGGGCGAGCAGGAGGCGGUGAUGAUUAUGGCGCCGCCCAAUCCUCUGCCGCCUCAACUUUCCGAAAGGGAGACGAGGAGAUCUAGCACGCGCAGGCCUGUGAGCAGAAAGGGCACACUUCGCUCUAGCCCUGGAAACACGGGAAGUAGGGAGUCUACUCCACCUGUCUCGCCACCUCCUACCAGCACGAGGGGAAGAGGGCGUGGCGGUGCGGUUGGCAGCAAAACGUCCUCUUCAACUUCUGGCGCCGCGCGCGACCGCAGCAACCAACGCGAACGGGAACGCGAACGCGAGCGCGAAAGGGAUACGUUUUUGCGUGAUCGCAGAGAACGUGAUGAGCGGGAGCGCGAACUAGAGAUUGAGCGCUCUGCAGCGCUUGCCUCUACGCGCCGGGCUUCCUCCACGGCGCCCGCUCGCGAGCUGGAAGAGUAUGCUCAUCUCGACGACGAGGAAAUCGAAGGUGAAGAAUCAGAGCACGAUCCUGAUGACCCCAAUGAGCCGAAAUAUUGCUACUGUAAUCGCGGGAGCUACGGAGAGAUGGUGGCUUGCGAUAACGAGCUUUGUCCACGGGAGUGGUUCCAUCUCGGAUGUACAGAGUUGAGAGUUGCACCCGGUGAGGAGGAGAAGUGGUUCUGUAGGGAUUGCAGGCCGAAGGGAACGCCUAGAAUUGGAACUACAGGGAGAGGAAGGGGAAGGGGACGGGGAGGUAGAGGUAGAGGUGGUAGUUGA